AUGUGCAAUGCGCCCCUUCUCGAUUGGACAUUCGAGAGUUUGGCUGUAGCAGGUGUUCAAGAAGUGUUUGUCAUGUGUCAAUCUCAUUUCGAGUCAAUUGAAGAGGCCAUUCGCAACUCGAAAUGGUCACAAACGGUUUCACCACUCAAGGUUCACGCCAUGAAAUUACCACCGACGACGCGCUCGUUUGGCGACGCGAUCCGGUUUGUCGAUAGCCAGUCGAUCAUCACAAACGACUUUGUGCUUGUUUCCGGGGACAUGGUGUGCAAUGUCAAAAUCGACGAAGUCGUCAAGGCGCACAAGGCACGUAGAAAGGCCGACCACGAAGUCAUCAUGACUAUUCUCGUCAAAGAGGCUGCCGUAGGCCACAGAACGAGACCAAAAGGAGAAACUGCUGUAUUCACUAUGGACGCAGCGAACAAUCAGUUGUUACAUUAUGAGGGAGUACCUGCGGUCCCAAAGGUCAACAAAACGGCGUUUCCAAAAGCCCUCCUCAAAGGCACCGAACUGGACGUUCGAUAUGACCUUAUCGACUGCGGCAUCGACAUAUGCUCCGUUGAUGUCCCCAUCAUCUUUAGCGACAACUUUCACGAAAAUGAUCUCCGACGAGACUUUGUGACCGAAGUCCUGACGUCGGAGAUUCUAGGCAAGAAAAUAUUCUGCCACUACGCGGAAGACGGAUACGCAGCCCGAGUUCGCGACCCACGAACCUAUGCUGCUGUAAGUCGUGAUAUCAUUGGACGAUGGUGCUUCCCCUUGGUUCCAGACGAUAAUCAUCCAGGAGGUCACCAGUACGAACACCUACCAGGGAACCGCUAUCUCGCCAAAGACAAGGUCACGCUAUCGCGAAAUUGCAAGAUUGGCAACAACACUUUGAUAGGACCCGGUUCCCGACUCAACGACACGGCUCGAGUCGAAGGCUCUGUCUUGGGAGAGAAUUGUACCAUCAAUGGCGGCGCCAUGAUCCGAAAUAGCUAUCUCUGGAAUGGCGUAUCGAUAGGAGCGGGAUGCAUCAUCAAGGAGAGCAUUCUCGGUGCCAAUGUGGUCGUCGAAACUGGAGCAGUGAUUGAGAGGGGCUGUUUGAUUGGCGAAGAUGUUGUCAUUCGCACACAUUCGAGGAUCCCCGAGUUUAGUCGUAUCGCGAAGAAAAAGGAUGCAGCUCCAGAUGAAGAGGCUUCGUACUAUGUCGAGGACGCUGCGCCAGCCGAUUCCGAUUCCGAUUCUGAUGAGGAUCAGGAUCCACUCGAAAGCGCCGCCAAUCUUCGUUACUUGAGACUAGGAGGAACAGGAAAAGAUUCCUCUGAAUCCGAGACAGAGUACAAUGACUCUGGAAAACUCGAGCGCGAUCCUUGGUCGUCACUAAGACGGCAGGACGAGUUUGGUCGAGAAGCGUAUCAAACGCUGAAGCGCGGUGUUGACGAGCAUCUCAAUGUCUCUGACGUUGCGCUCGAGCUGUCGACAUUGCGCAUGGCGAGCAACGCAGACCCAGAGAGAAUCAAAGUAAUGGCGCUGGCGUUUCUACUUGAACAGAUGCGGCUAGUUGAAGGCAACCAAGUCGAGCAGAAGCGUGCAGCUACAGAGGUGGUUACCCGAUGGGGUGGACUGGUCGCAGCCUUGUGUCGCGGGGAGAUGGAGGUGGCGCUCUCUCGACUCCAGAAACUAUGUGCGACAUCGAAUUACUCCUCGGCCUUUGGUGCCUUAUUAUCGGCACUAUUCCUCGCAGAAAUCAUCGAUGAGGACGUGAUAGAGGCAUGGCAUCUACGACCAGAUUCCAGAGGCGAAGAAGGGUCCAAUUUGAACAAACUCUGGCGCGUUGGACAAGCAAUGUUGGCGGCCUUGGCCCCGGAUAGUGACGAGGAGUCGUCUGAAGAAGAGAGCGAGGAAGAGGAGAGUGAUGAUGAAGACCCGGCUCCAGCAAAGCCCAAUGCGGCUUCAAAGAAAGAGGCUGAGGAAUCUGACGACGAAGACGAAGACGAAGAAGAGGAUGAAGAAAGCGAAGAAGAGUGA